CCGUGGGGCACUUGAGCAAACUGAAGCCAUCGCUGAGCCGGGAGGAAAACCGCGACCUCCUGGAUCAGUGUGUGCAGAGCGUGAUGCCCCUGCCUGCCCUGGAGCCGGCGGAAGAGGAGGGGGCGACGGCGGCGGACGCCGGGCACGUGCAGGGUCUGCACGCGCGGACCAUGGGGGCUCUCGGCGAGCUGCUGACGGCCCUGCUGGAGGAAGACCUCAGCUCGGACUGGCUCGCGGAGAUGCUGCACGUGCUGGAGUACUGGCUCACCUCGGCCAAGGAGUGGGAGCGGGAGAGGGCCCUGCAGGCCUGCGCCCAGCUGCUGGGCGCUUUCGAGGAGCGAUUCGAGCUCACGGGAGAAACCUCUUUCGGGCCCUUUGGCUCCAUGGUGGGACUGCUGGCGCCUUUCACCUGCGACUCGCUGGCCACGUCCCGCCAGCGGGCAGGGGCCUGCCUCGGCCACCUCCUCCGCAUACAAGGCAGGACGCUGGAGACGGGGGCCGAGGAGGACGAGGUGCAGCCCUUGUGCCAGCGGCUGAGCGCCCCAGACGCCGAGGCUCUGCGCCAGGCUUCCUCCAGACUCAGAAAGAUCGUCUGCAAACACAUCCCGCCAGCGCAGGCCACGGACUUCCUCUCUGCCGCCCUGGACGGGAUGCUGUCGGCCAGGUCUGUGUGUGCUCAGGCAGCGGGCGAGUGGCUGCUCACCUUCCUGGAGACGUGCGGGGGGCAGCUGUUCACGGAGGUGCCAGAAAUCCUGAGCAUCAUCUACGUCCGGAUGCCGACCAUGCAGCAGGACACCCUCCGGCACUUCCUCCUGGAGGCCGUGUCCCUGCUCGCCCUCUACCACCCCGGGGCCGUCAUCGACAGCCUGCUGCAGAAGCAGCUGCCCAUGGACAGUGACACCGAGGAGCUGUGGAGGGUCCUGGGGGGGAAGUUCUUUGUGGACCACUUCCUGCGGGUUCUGAUGGAAAAACUGAAGAACUCGGGAAGCGACCAGCCCAGGAGCAGCUCUGCCAAGCCCGAGGCAGAGGAGGAGGAGGCUGCGCUGGAGCCUCUCAAGAUGACCCGGGCCAUCUCUGUGGUGGUGUCAGCGCUGCAGAGCCCGGAGGCUGUGCUGCGCCUGCUCCCGGAGCUGCUGCCGGUGCUGCUCAAGCAGAUCAGCGCCACAGUGGGCAAGGAGAUGCCGUCUUCCGCACUCAUCACCCGGGGAAAGCUGUUCCUGAAGGGCCACGCGAGCGACGACAAUCCUUGCAGGCUUUCCCUGGAGACCCUGGAGGCGGUGCUGCGCACGUGCCUCGACGGGAAGUGGCUGCGGCUGCUGCGGCAGCAGGGCGCCUGGGCUGCCCUGGAAGACCCCCGGGCUCACCACGACGGCGUCUGCCUGCUGACCGGGGUGCUGCUCCGCGCCGGGACCGUCUCGCUGCCCCUGGUGCUGGUGCUGACCCGGUGGCUGGACGCCCCCUCGGCCAACCUGCGGGUCACGGCCGCGGCUUUCUGUGCGGAGCUGAUGAAGGAGCCGGCGCUGCGGGAGUGGAGGUGCCUCCAGCCCAUCGCGAGGGCCUUGCUGGAGAAGCUGCGGGACUCGAGCAGCACCGUGCGGCAGAUGGCAGCGCGCGGCCUGGGCAACCUGGUCAGCGGGGCGCCGGAGAAGCUGCGAAAGCACAAGGGAGCGGUGCUGGAGGCGCUGCGGAGGGGCCUGGAGGACGCGGCCGCGGCGGAGGUGGUGGCAGAGAGCCUGCUGGCGCUGGCGAAGGUGGUGACGGAGCUGAAGGGGAAGGCUGUGGGCUCCGCCUUCAGGGACAUCGCCAGGGCCACCAAGGGGUUCUUCGAUGCUGAGCAGGCGUCGCUGCGCUCGGCGGCCUUCACCCUGUACGGGGUGCUGGCCGCCUCUGCCACGAGCAGGUGGAGGUCUUUCUUCACGGCGGAGCUGGGCAGCACGUGGGCCACCCUCGUCCUGCACCUCCGGGACCCCGACCCGGGCGCCUCCAUGGCGUGCCAGGGCGCCCUGCGGCUGUGCGCCCCGUUUCUGGGGCUGCGGAGGGUGCGGCAGGGCCUCGCCGUCACCACCCGGCUGAGCGCGGCCGAGCUGCUGGGCGACGUCUGCAGCCAGCUGGCCCAGGAGAGCCCCGAGCACCAGGAGAUGCUGUACGUCGCCGCCCGGCGCCGCUUCCUGGGGAGCUGCGGGGAGCUGCAGGCUGCGGCCCUCGACGUCGCCGGGGUCCUCGUGGAGCACGCGGGCCUCGAGUGGCUGACGCGGGAGGAAGCGAUGCCGCUCUCAGCAACUCUGCGGGUGCUGCGGAGCGACGGGGACCCGCGGGUGCAGCAGGCGGCCGCUCGGCUCCUCCGGGACACCGGCCUCGAGCAGCCCCCGCGGCGGCGCUGAAAUAAACCUCGCCGGGAACCUGC